AUGUCAUCCAGCACGUCCACCCCCGCCGAGGACCAGGGCCGUCUGCUCGAGGAGGCCUUGGGAGUGGUGCGACAGCAGUCGCAUAUGAUGCGGAAAUGCCUGGAAACGCCUGGCAAGUUGAUGGACGCUCUCAAAUGCGCGUCGACUUUUAUUUCCGAGUUGCGCACGUCGAGUUUGGGUCCCAAGCAGUAUUAUGAGCUGUAUAUGGCUGUGUUUGAUGCGUUACGACACCUGGCCGUUUACCUGCGCGAGAGCCACCCGGUGAACCACCUGGCCGAUCUGUACGAGCUGGUGCAGUAUGCCGGCAACAUCAUCCCCCGCCUCUACCUGAUGAUCACCGUGGGGACGGUCUACAUGUCGAUCCCCGAUGCUCCCGUCAAGGAGAUCAUGAAAGACAUGAUGGAGAUGAGCAGGGGGGUCCAGCACCCCGUCCGCGGGCUGUUCUUGAGAUACUACUUGACCGGGCAGGCGAGGGAUCAUCUGCCCACGGGGACGAGCGAGGGGCCUCAGGGAACCAUCCAGGACUCGAUCAACUUCAUAUUGACCAAUUUCGUGGAGAUGAACAAGCUCUGGGUCCGGUACCAACACCAGGGCCAUUCGAGGGAGCGCGAGCAAAGAACGCAGGAGAGACGCGAAUUGGAGCUGUUGGUCGGGAGCAACAUCGUUCGGCUGAGCCAGCUGGUGGACCUGGAUACCUACAAGGCCUCGAUCCUGCCGGCUUUGCUAGAGCAGAUCGUCCAAUGUCGCGAUGUCUUGGCGCAGGAAUACCUUCUCGAGGUGAUUACGAAGGUCUUCCCCGAUGAAUAUCAUCUCCACACUCUCGAUCUGAUGUUGACAAACAUUGGCCGACUCAACCCGCACGUUGACUUGAAGAAGAUCGUGAUCGGCCUCAUGGAUCGCUUGUCGUCGUAUGCAGUCAGAGAUGAAACGACGGAGGAUUCUGCCAAGCGGAAAGAGAAGGAGGAAGAGGCAGUGGCCAGGCUGCUUGGGAAGCUGCAAGUGUCGGAUGGAAAAGAAGCACAAGAAAAUGGCACGAAGCCCGAGACUGCUGAGGGCGCGAAGCCCGAGGAAGCACCGACGAACGGGACGAAACCAGGGAUUCCGGACGACAUCAAGCUGUACGAGAUAUUCUACGACCAAGUCGUGAACCUGAUCAAGACGCGGGGCCUGCCGAUCCAAGAUACGAUCGCGCUGCUUGUGUCUCUUGUUAAUCUUGCACUCAACAUUUAUCCUGAUCGACUAGAAUACGUUGAUCAAGUCCUCGAAUACGCAUCACAGAAAACAUCGGAACAUGCCGACCAGGCUGAUUUGCACUCGACACCUGCACAGCAAAACCUUUUGAACCUUCUUCUUGCCCCACUCCGUUCAUACGCCUCUAUCUUCACGGCACUGGCUCUGCCGCACUAUAUUCCGCUCCUUACCACUCAGUCGUAUCCUACUCGAAGGGCUGUCGCUACCGAGGUCAUCAGGAAUGUCUUGCAGAACAAGACCAAGAUUACGACAGCAGAGAAUCUGGAUCGAAUCUUGCAGACUCUCCGAGUGCUGAUCAAGGAAGGCAUCCAGCAUCCGGCAGGGUAUCCAGGGCUGCACCAGCAACGACGUGGAGAGACGGACGAGACGAUCGAGGAGCAAGGCUGGCUUGCGAGGUUGGUGCACCUGAUCGAAGGGCCUGAUAAUGAUACGCAGUUGAAGCUUCUUCAGGCAACCCGUGCGGCGUAUGCGGAGGGCAACGAGCGCAUUCGAUACACUACCCCGGCGAUCGUAACGGCGUCGCUGCGACUGGCCCGUAAGUUGAAGGCGCGCGAGCACUACGACGACAACUGGCAAUCGCAAUCGUCGACUCUCCACCGCUUUUUGCAUCAAUGUAUAAGCAACCUCUAUCAACGGGUGAACAGCCCUGGCUGCGCGGAGCUAGCGCUGCGUCUGUUUGUGAUGUGUGGCGAGGUUGCGGAUCAGACGGGGUUCGAGGAGGUCAGCUACGAAUUCUUUGCUCAGGCCUUCACCAUCUACGAAGAUGCGAUCAGCGACUCGCGAGCGCAGUUCCAAGCGGUGUGUAUCAUCGCCAGCGCUCUGCAUGGAACCAGAGGGUUCUCGAAAGAGAACUACGACACGCUGAUCACAAAGGCGGCCUUGCACGGAAGCAAGCUGCUGAAGAAGCCGGACCAGUGUCGGGCGGUAUAUCUCGCAAGCCACCUCUGGUGGGUGGUGGAAAAUCCUCACCGAGGCGAGGAGGAUGCGAAGAAU